UUCAGCGACUGUGGGGGUCAACCCGCGUUCUCGGUGCGCCUUGUGCAAGGGGCCGCUGCCACGGCUGCCUACAUUCGCUACGAAGAUUGGGCGUUUCCACCCACUGUAUAAUGAAUCCCAGUAUGAAGCAGAAACAAGAAGAAAUCCAAGAGAAUAUAAAGACUAGUCCAGUUCCAAGAAGAACUCUGAAGAUGAUUCAGCCCUCUGCCGCUGGAUCUCUUGUUGGAAGAGAAAAUGAGGUGCCUAAAGGCUUGUCCAAAAGGAAACAUUGGAAUGACCAGUUAACACCCAAGACUUCCAGCUCUGGAGUUAUUACUGUCCCUGAAUCUAGUGAAAAUAAAAAUCCUGGAGGAAUCACCCAAGAAGCAUUUGAUCUUAUGAUUAAAGAAACUCCAUCCUCUCAGUAUUGGAAAGAAGUGGCAGAAAAACGGAGGAAAGCUCUCUAUGAAGCUCUUAAGGAAAAUGAGAAACUUCAUAAAGAAAUUGAACAUCAGGACAAUGAAAUUGCCCGCUUGAAAAAGGAGAAUAAAGAAUUGGCAGAAAUAGCAGAACAUGUACAGCACAUGGCAAAUAUUAUAGAGAGACUGAGUAAUGAACCUCUGGAUAACUUUGAAUCACCGGAUGGUCAGGAAUUUGAUUCUGAAGAGGAAACUGGUGAGGAUUCUGAAGUGGAAGACUCAGAAACUGGCACAUGUGCUGAAGAAACUGUAUCUUCCUCUACGGAUGCAAAACAUGUAUAUGAAAUUAACAUUUGACUCUUGAGAAACAUACUGCCAAGGUUUACCUCCGCUAUAGUUCUUUACAGCAGAGUAAAUAACUACAUAAUGCAAAUGCUGGAAUCAAACUUCCUUGUUUGAAUCCUGGGACCCUGUUAUUGUAUAAAAUACACAUAGUAUGUAUUUUUAAUGUGUUAUUUUAUGUAAAUAGCCAUUUUCGUUUUCACAGUUGUAAGACAUGAUGUGUAUAUGAUAAAUAAACUUCGAUUUCCUGU